AUGGGACAAUCUAUACCCCCUAUUGCAAAAAAAUCAACUACUAAGAGAGGUCGUCAACGGGGAAUCAACUUCACCAUAGAUGAAGACAUUAAGCUAGUGUCGGCGUGGCUUAAUGUUAGCUUAGAUGCCGUGACAUCGACGGAUAAAAAACACACAACAUUUUGGGAGAGAAUUUGGUCUACCUUCCACAAUGACAAGAAAUUUAACCGCACUAAGGAUUCUUUAAAUAGUCGGUGGUCAACAAUUCAAAAGGAGACCAACAAGUUCUGUGGAUGCUUGGCCCAAAUUGAGAACUGGAAUGAAAGCGGUAAAACUGAGCAUGACAAGAUUGAAGAUGCAAAAACUAUGUAUCAAGUUAAUUGCAAAAAUGCAUUUCAAUUGGAGCAUUGUUGGAGAAUUUUGAGGAACGAAGCUAAGUGGUUGGUUCUAAGAGAUAGUUUGAAGGCCCGCACAAGACAACCAGCCACACGACCAGCCACACAAUCCUUUGCAAGCUCAAUAAAUGUAGAUGAAGAUAAUGAAGAGAUGAACUCCGACGAAACCUUGGAGAGACUUAUAGGCAAGAAGGCCGAAAAUGAGAAAUUAAAGAAAAGAAAGAAUUGUGAUGACGUGAUCCCAACACUUUCCUCCCAAUUAGACGAAAUCAAGGAAGAAAAGAGAAGAAUGCAUGAGGAGAAAAAGGAAAGUAUGCGCAUUGCAUUAGAAGAACGAAGAGAGGCAAUGCGCAUUGCAUCCGAAGAACGAAGAGAGUUGAUUCGUAUCAAGGAAGAGAAGAAUGAAGUAGAAAAGAGGAAAAUGGAAGAUGAACUUAUGAUGAAAGAUACAAGAACUAUGAAUCCUGAGCAAAAAGAAUACAUUCGUCUACGUCGUUUGGAAAUCUUGGAGAGGUUAAGGUCUAAAUAUGCAUCAUAA